GGAGAAGUUGCUACGGGGGUGCACCUCAAUCCCACCAGCCCACUAGCACGCCUAAGCUAAUCCCACACCCCACCUCCGACGCCAGCGCCAGCAUUACGCCUUCCCAGUGCCGCCUGCUCUCACCUCGCCUUGCAAGCAGCACCAGCACCCAGCACCAACCGCAGCCGGCAACUUCCGCCCGUCGACAACCUUCCACCACCGACCGUCCGCCCGCGUUUACCUCCAUUCGCCUGCAAGCAAGCUAGCUCCUCCCCAACAUCACCAAUCCGCAACAUUCAACACCACAAACUCCACCACAACACCAAUCAGCAACACCGUGAACCCACGAAACCCUCUACACUCCGACUCAAUCCUACCCUCCCUUCAGGUGACGAUAACCGCAAUCCCGCAAAGAACAGCCAGCCGUCCUCGUAGCCUUGACUUUCCAAUCCACCACCACAAGAUCACAUUCCCGCACAAAAAUGGCCUCCUCGGACGCAAAGCCCCAGGACAAGACCGCCUCCGCCGCAGACCCCAAGGCCGACGAGACGACGCAGCAGCAGGCGGCGGCGAAGAAGCCCGCGCUCGGCGAGGAUGACGAGUUUGAGGAUUUCCCUGUUGAUGACUGGCCCCAGGAAGAGACCGAGGCAGCUGCGGGCGGCAGUGGCUCGACGCAGCACCUGUGGGAGGAGAGCUGGGAUGACGAUGACACGAGCGACGACUUCUCGGCGCAGUUGAAGGAGGAGUUGAAGAAGGUCGAGGCAUCCAAGAGGCGAUGAACAAUCCACGGUGUGCGUGGUACGAUAACGGGAGGCAGGAUGACGCAUGGGUGACUGGGUGGGGAUCACGGCAUAGACUACACACUACGUAACGGGCUCUAUACGACUGGGCGACAUACCAGGAAUGAAAUCACAACAGGGCACGCGAGGUUUUCAAAUCCACCUUUGGGACGAGACGUGUCUCAACUUUUACUGUUUAUUUGAUAUCGUGACGUUUAAG